UUUCCCGAAGCAUGUAGUAAUAUAUGUGUCUUACUAGAUUUUGGUUAAACAAAUCAAAAACUGUUAAUUUAGUCAGCGAUUAUUCGUUGUAGCAAAGCACUUUGUUAGACCAUACUUAUUGUAGUCUGCCUGACGUGGAAGUACGCAUUUUUCUCACCAAAAACGGGAUUUCCCUCCCCACAUUUAUUCUGUGUUUUCGUCAUCUUGAGAUUUUUGGAGGCUUCUCGAGAGAAUCAGCUAUUGAGCGAGAGCCGACUUGGAACUUUAAAGUGCUUCUCAAACCUGUGACAGUACGUAAUAGCUUGGACAUGAGCUCCAAACUGCCCCGUACUGGCAGAGAGUCAACGGAACUCACAGUCAUUGUCACCGACCAAGAAAAUGAAAGCAGCUUUGUCCAAGGCAACGGACAUGUGAACCACGCGCUAGAUGUAAGUGCAAAUGAUGUCGGACCAAACGAAACACCAUCAGAGACUGUACAUAGAAGGAGAAGAACAACGUCUACGUCGUCUUCAAGUCCAUCCCCUCGUAGUAGCAUGGGCUCUGGGCGACGAUUGAGCGGGGACGGAGUGGCUGGAGCGCCCGUAAUUUUAAGUGCCAACCAAACGAGCGUGACAGAAAUUGGUAGCGACGCGAUUGGGGUAAGCUUGUCAGGCCACAACGUAGACAGUGACGAAGAUGAAGAGGAGGUAACAUUAAUGUAUGCACAACAUGAGAAAGUGCCUAUGAAAGAUUUCAGUGCAGAAGUUCGAGCUGUGGUAGAUGUUGAAAAGUUCUUAAGUCAAGCGGUUUUACUAUUGGAUGUGCACAAGAACACCCUUGAGGGAGUUGUAGAUUUAUUGCUGACAAAAGCAUUUGAAGAUGAAAGCGAAACUACAAUCAAUGAAGCUAAAAGUGCUCUCUUUACUCACGAUUCAGUCCAUUCACUCGCUAGAACAUUCUGCAUCCCGAUUGCAAAAUUAUUUUUAUGCAAUUGUAUAUCACUAACAAAGCGACAUGUUGCCAUAGCAAGAUUGAAACAUCCUGCCAACUUUGGUCGGACCAGCCAGGAAGUUCACUUCGUCAUUCUUGUACUUGCACCAACCAAAGAGAAAAGUACCAAGAAUGCGUUGGAGACGGGUAGAACGUUUUCCACCAUUUUUGCCGAUAUGGAUUUCAGACACAAGCUGAUUGAAGCUAAGACAGAGGAAGAUUUCAAGAAGGCCUUGAAUGCCCAUACAGCCGUACUGUCAGCUGAACAAAAUUCCUCAAAAAAGAAGGUCAGAUCUACAGAUGUAUUUGAUGAGCUAGAGGAGGAAACCGUUCAGAGGGGGAAACGUUGUUCCUUCUCCUUUGCAAGUGGGCUGCGAGCCGAUUUUUGGCGACGUAUUCCCCACUACUGGAGUGAUUACAAAGACGGUGUGAUUGGUCAUAAGACACCUCAGAAGUCAAUAUCAACCACGUUCUUUUUGUACUUUGCUAUAUUACUUCCUUCUAUCGCGUUUGGUGUGCUCAAUGACAAAAAUACCAAUGGUGCAAUAGAUGUAAAGAGGGUGAUUGUGGCUCAGGGUUUUGGAGGAUUAUUUUUUGCUCUGUUUGGUGGACAACCGUUGAUUAUUUUGUUAACAACAGCUCCGCUUGCACUUUUCAUUAAUCUUAUAUAUGUCAUAGCCGAAGAUUUUGAGUUGAAUUUCUACGCUGUCUAUGCAUGUGUGGGUAUAUGGAAUUCAUUCUUUUUACUCAUCUACUCAGUCUUUGGUGCCUGUAAACUCAUGAAAUGGUCAACAAGAUCGACAGAGGAAAUUUUUGCAUUGUUCAUCGCCAUAGCUUUCUGCUAUGACGCUUUUAUAGACCUUGCUCACAACUUUGAUGAGAACUACGUGGAUCCAUUAUGUAACUGUUCAUCACCGUAUCUCCAGAACAAUAACUCAAGUGCAUUGCUGGAUUAUGUGCUUAACAAUGGCACUGACGAGGAUUUUGCCACUUGUUCGGUGUUGUGUACACGAGAGAACUCGUUGCUGUAUCUGAUACUGCUAUUUGGAACCGUUUGGCUGGGACUCCUAUUGUAUAAUUUCACCAAGAGUCCAUAUUUGGAUGCCAGUAAGCGUGAGUUGUUAGCAGAUUAUGCUUUACCAGUGGCGGUUAUAAUAAUGUCGUUUAUCGGUUCUUUUUGCUUCAGGGCUGUUGAUCUUGAACCAUGGCCUUAUACUGAUAGUGAUCUGUUUGCAAUCGCUCCAUUUCAAACGUUGUCACCGGCCGCCAUUGGAGGAUGUGCUAUACUUGGUUUUCCAUUGUCGUUACUCUUCUUCAUGGAUCAAAACAUAUCAAGUGCAUUAGUCAAUGCUCCUCAAAACAAAUUAAAGAAAGGUUCUGCUUAUAACUUAGAUUUGCUCGUUGUGGCUUUUAUUAAUUUUAUACUGUCAAUCUUUGGGUUGCCAUGGAUACAUGCUGCUUUACCACAUUCUCCUCUUCAUGUAAGAGCCCUGGCUGAUGUAGAAGAAAGAGUUGACCAGGGUCACGUACAUACUAUUAUUGUACACGUACGUGAGACCCGAUUGACAGCAAUAAUUUCACAUAUUUUUAUUGCUUUAUCUUUGUUCCUGUUACCUCUUCCAUUACAAUACAUUCCACAAGCCGUACUUUAUGGUCUGUUUCUGUACGUUGCGUUUACAUCGGUAGACGAUAACCAGAUGUUUGACAGGAUAUGUCUCUUCGUCACAGAACAGGCUGCCUAUCCACCAAACCAUUACGUACGUCGUGUACCACAGCGAAAGAUUCAUACAUUUACAAUCCUUCAACUGAUACAGCUGACUGUAUUAUGUAUUUUUGGGUUUGUACCACAAGUCUAUCUAAGAAUGCUGUUCCCAGUUGUUAUAAUGCUAUUUAUGCCAACCAGAUUCAAGCUUGUACCAUUGGCCAUAGAAAAGAAAUAUCUUGAAGCCCUUGAUAAGCCUCAUUAGUUGGACAUUUGACAAGAUCAGCUGUGCAUAUUCUUGCAUAUCAUUAUCUAUUGCUUUCUGCGAUGUGUACUCGAUAUUGUCUUGUGUUUAGCUGUUACUGUGAAAGUUUCUCUUACUACACCAUAUUUUUCUCUUCAUUCCAAAAAUGAAUCUUUAUGUUUUCCGUGACGUUUGCAGAGAUUUUAUAGAGGAACCAAUAUAUUAUUUUGUGAUACUUCUUCUAAAGCAUGAAAUAAGAACUAUAUUCGAUAACUUGUUUAACUUUGUACAGUUGAUUCUGCCAUGUUGAUAAAAUGUCUGAAUUGAUUUACAUUUUUUUGUUCUUGUUCGUUUGGACUUAUAUUAUACAGAUUUCAGUGUGUUAGUUCUUUCUUUGCCAAUGAUAGAAAUGUGUUAAGACGUUAUUUGAGUGCAGAUAUGUAAUUAUUUUCUAAUUUAUUUUUAUUUUUGUGCGUGUACUUUGGUGCUAUGUUAACUGCCUGAUUCAAUUACCUGGUGGCCCAAAGACACUCCCGGCUAGGUGAAUAUUGGCAUUGUGGCUAUGAAUGUCUUGCACUGUAUUUGCUCUAUUAUAGUUACACCUGCAUUUACAUGUUGUCAUACAUUGUCCCUCUAUGGUCAUACUCAUCAAGUAUUACAAUGAAUGCAACUUUCAGUUUACGUACACUUCUAAUGGAGCAAAUAUGGUAACCGUUCACUUUUUUUUUUUUCAUAUGCCAAAAAGUACAUCUUCACUUGGUUUACAGAAUAGUUUCAAAUUUAUACAAAGUUUACUCAAAUUUAAGUAUAUUUUAAAUGGAUUCUGCUUUAAUAUGUAUAAAUAAGAAAUGUCGGAUAAAUAUUUUAUCUUUUGAUCAAACACAACGUAACGCAGUACAAUUGGUAUGGCGCCUUUGUGGUGAAGUGACUCUGGCAAACAUACCUAUUUUAUUUCGCGUCAGAUUUGUUUUCCCAAGACAAAAUUUCGAGUUAAGAAAAGUUGGGUGAAAUUACUGAUUGUAGUUUGCACCGGCCAAUUAUAAUUUGCUGUGCAGUUGCAAUUGUCAGCUGACCUUAUGAAACUGUAAGCCGUGCAUAGCUCCGUUGCACUGGAAAUAGCGGACGCAAUAUUAUACAUUAUUUGUUUCUGUUUUUUUAAUUGUAUCAAUUUAGACCAAGCCACAUCCAUGAAUACACCAUUCCUGAAUGUUGUUCCCUCUGUCAAAGUGUUUUUGCUGCAAAAAGAAGAAAGUUGUUCAUCAAUGACAAAUGAUGCAACAGAACCAAAGCUGUAUUUUUUUUUACAUUCAACCAAAUCCACUGAAAAUUGGCCAGUUAAAAUAAGGCAGUAGAUACCAAAUUGUAGCCAUUACUUGGUGACAUAAUCCAUUCAAAGAAACCGCAUUGUUUGUGUGCAAAGAAUGUGAAUAUCAAAUAAUUGUAUAGUUACU